ACUAACAAUAUUUAGUGAAAACUUGGCUGGAGUGCUCCUUGAAAAGGAAAUCUACUAAUAUUCAUAAAUUAUGUUUGUAAACGUUUCAUCAGCAUAGGGUAUGGACUCCAUUAGUGUAAUAGAACUGUUUAUAAUAUAUAAAAGCAGCCAGUAAAACACUGGACAGCCAGAAAGAAAUCUGCUGCAGUGUUGCUCUGCUAGCAUAUUUUAGGUAAGCAAUGCAGAGCACCAGAUGCGCCACCAAAGGCUGUCUCCAGUAAAGCCCAUAGUUGGUGUCGUUAUGUGACGUGGCCGUGAUGUGAAGGGCUGGCAGCGUCGGUAUAGUGCCCCCUCUAAACCACGUAUUUAUAAUAUCCAUACCCCCUGAACGUUGAGCCUAAAGUUAACAACUCAACCCACCCCCUUCUCCUCCUGCAACGCUACAAUAUCUUAAUUUCAUAAUAUAAAAUAGGAACUUCUACCCCAGAUAAAGGUCCAUACGAGGACAUGCGUCCCAUAUCAGAUCAGGGUUUAGUUUGGUACAGUGAUUCCACUAACAACAUCAAUAAAUUACAAUCUAUAAAUGCUCGCGCUCAACGUAUUUCGCGCGCAAACUGGCAACAAGUAACCGUUCUAUUUUAUUCACAGAUGAAUUUACUUCACAGAAGUUUAUAAACAUACUUUAUCAACAGACUGCCCUUUUUAUCUGAUCUUGAGACUUCAUAUUUCAACAGAAAACGGGUGUCAUCAGGUAAAGGGGGGCAUUCAAGUGAGUAUCUUACUUUACCACCAGGUAUAAAUAAAUAUAAAUAAUAGGCUAGCUAGCAAACUAGCUACCUAGCUAAAGCGAACUAUAUACUCUGGUAAGUAAAGUUGACGUUAUGAUAUCUAGCCUAGCCAGCUAAGCAGGUUCGCUGAAGUGAACGUAACAUUAGCCUACUUCACACAAGACAGAGAAAUUGCGUUUGUAAGUUUGCUAGCCAAUUGUUCAAAAGUGAGAAAGCCAACUAUCUUCUUGCCAUCAUUUGUCGCUAUUACUUUCUUUCUGUACCAAAGGUGUCAGCGAAUUACACGUUGGCUAAACAAUUAAGUUAACCGAUUAACUGAUCUCAACAGGUUAUUAUCAUCUGGUUCCACUGACCACCAUUAGCUAGUAUCGGUAACUACUUGAACUGGUUGCUAGACUGUUAUGCUAGAUAUGUAAUGUUGAUGGAGAAGGAUUGUCGUUGACAAAGGGAAAACACAGAUUACUUAGCUGGAAGUGAGUUAACAUAGCAAAGUUGGCAUAAUACCCAAGGUCGAUUUUUUGCUGUCUGGUAACCUUGUGUAGAGGCCUAGGAAACAUCGUGAGGCUAAUUUUUCAAGUUGAUGAGUGAAGCUCUAAUGUUAUUAGCUACAGAAAAGUUGUUGGCCAUCGAGCUAAAUAACGUUACCUAGCUAGAUGAUGUUAGUGUUGGUUUAGGUUCAGGAACAUUAGAAUGAUGUUAAUAUUUCUCACAGUGUGACUUAGAGUAACAUUCACAUGAGGAACGAAAUGAUCAGGCUAAAAUAACUGUGUAAUAUAUUGUAAUGUAAACCUGUAAUGUUGUUCACAUUACAGUUUUGGGCCUUGGUGAGUAGGGCGUCAUGGCACCCCUCCAGGACCAACAGAUUGAGAAAUUAUUAGAUGAGGCACUGAAGCAGAGUAGGUUUCAAGCCUUGGAAGACUUCCUGAAUGAUAAAACCAAUGAGGGGACACCUUCAAAAUGCUCCAAACUGUUUAUCACCAAGUUGGACAAAUUUAUGAGCAGGGAAUUGGAUCAAAAGCAUGUUAAAAAUGCUUGUCUUGGUCUUAAAAUCCUGCAUACAUUUGGAUGCUGCCUUGUCUCUCCUGGAGGUGAAGGGUUGGCAGGGAUGGUGUCUCAAGGCAUUCUGGAAAAGAUGAAGCAGUGGUUUGAGAAAGCCUGGCACUUAUGGAUGGAGGGCGGAACAAAGGCUAAUGAGAUGCUGCUGCAUUUGGCAGAAGACUUCUUUGAUGCUCUCAUGGCUAUUCAUGACAGUGGAAAAGAGGGGACUUAUCAGGUGAGCGGAUCUUUCCUGGCUCUCAUUGGCAAGUUGGCCUCUGAUUCCCAAGUACACAUAUCAGUGCAGAAGGAGGCAGUCCAAAAACUCAACGUUAUCUUGGAUGCAAUGCCUCCUGAACUGAAGAAAGAAAGGAAGAUCUUGUCAAAGGAGUCCUCAAAUGUUAUAAAAGAACUGGCUGGCUGUAUUGUUGACGGUGGAGAUUAUGACCUGCAGGCUGCCAUGCUUGAAUCCAUCUACAGGAUGACCGUGGCUUCCCAGAGAAGAGAAUUUGUGCACAACUGGUUCACCAUGGACUUUGUGGCCUCUGCCUUCCUGAAGAUAAGGGAGCCUCAAUUUGAGACGGAUUGCAGGAAAUUUCUUAACAUGGCCAAUGGAAUGAAAGGCGAUGUGAGAAGAGUGUACUCCUACCCGUGUUUGGGGGUGUUCUUGGACAAGCAUGAGUUGCUGAUGCCAUCCGAUGAAAAACUUGAGGAAUUCUGGAUCGACUUCAACCUUGGAAGCCUGAGCGUGUCUUUCUACUGUACUCUUGCCAGCGAUGAGGCACAGGAACCCAGCUCAACCUGGGAGACAUUUUUCCUUCCCAACAAUGAAGUGGAGAGCUUUUCAGUGGAUGAGCAAGGGGACAAGAAAGCCCUGAGUGUGAUGCUGACCAGUCCCCGGUCUCUAGGGGCGAUCUCAGGCUCCAGACUCUCCAUUCACUUCAGCCCCUCCCUGGACAUCCUGCAGGCCGCUCAGAAAGUAUUUGGAAGUGCAAAGGGCAAAAGAUUUGUUAGGAAGAAGGGCACUUCUGUGGUGAAGACCACUGUCCAGAUCAUCUUGGAUGAGACCAACUCUCAGCAGGUCAUCAUUCCAGACAGCCAGAUCCCCCUGAGGCAGCGCUCAGAGAGACAGCCUCCCGCCUUGAACACGUCCACCUCCCGCAAGGCAUCGCCCCCUGCUGUCCCUGUGGAGAACAGCAUCCCCAAGAGUGUGACCCUGGCCAGGCCGAAGAUCUCAAUGUCGUCGACGAUCAUCUCGAGCAGCGGGCGUAAGCUGGGAGAGAGCCCCCGCAGUGCUGUCUUAUCCACCCCCAGAGGGAAGGUGAAGCCAGCCCUGCAGAUGGUCAGCUCAGUGGACAGGAAAUGCGAGCUCAACCUGAAAGAGUUGGUGGUGGCCAAGACCUCCAGCAGCAUGAAGUACCAUCGUGAGCUCCUAGACACCAGCAGAGAGCAGCAGUCCGUUCCGGCACCUGUCCGACCACGCAGUGCUGAGCCAAGGCCCGACCCGAAGAGAGGCCAUGAGGCGGAGAAAUUCCGCAGACACAUUCCUGUGGCCAAAGUGCUGGAGAUGGUGCAGGCAGAGGAGCCUCUGGAUGAAAGCAUAGUGCCAGACUCCCAGCCUCCAAACAGAAAGGAGAGCAGCAUGCGCUCUGGUCUCUGGAGUGGUGAUGUGUCCAAGAAGAAGCGGUCUGUGUGUGAGUCGGUGGCAUCAGGCCGAAGCAACUCCUCCCAGGGCGCACGCAAUCCAGACCCCGCGCUUAAACCCACUCCAAGCGUGGAGCAGCAGCCCCAGCAGUGGCGGCCCCCCUCGGCGCAGAACCGCUCCAGGGAGGUCAGCCAGAGGGAUCUGCACUCCCAGAUCACCCAGAAGCUGGAGGCCGUGGUCAGGGAUAGGGAGCAGGGCACGCCGGCCAAGGAAGCCCUUACCGCAGGCUCCAGCCGGUCCCAGACGCCCAGCGGAGGCCUCGGUAAGGCCAAAGCUGUGCCUGUGAAGAUGCCCAACCCGAAUUCUCUCAAGCCAACACCAAUCAAGGCCCUGUCAGAGAAAACGGCCAACACUAAAGUGAGUCCGUCAGACACCAAGGAGAAACCGGCCCGAGGGAGUGCUGCCAGGGGGAAGAAAUCAGAAGAGGUGACAGACAGUAUGUUGAAGUUCAUCUCUAGCCAUUUCCAAGGCAAGGGCUGUGUUACUACAAAGGAUUCAGGGCCACGGUUGGCUGGUGUCAGCAAUAAGAGGUCUUUAUUUGAUAAAAGUUGGUCCCUUGGCGUAAAAGGAGACAGUAAUGGCUCAGGGUUUUUGAAAUCAUUUGAAAUGUCCAAGAAGGCUGACGUCAACGAGGAUGUCUAUGCAUUCAACACAAAGACACCAUCCAGCACUGGAAAAAUCUUCAAGAAGGCCUCUGAGAAAUCUGUUAUGGAGUCCAGUGCCAUCAGCAGCUCUUUCGCCCUUUCUGCGUCUGCAAAGAAGGCCCCUCCUGACAGGGUCUUCAGCCGUCACCUGAGGAAGCACCUGUUCAGCGACACAGACACAGACCGAGACAAGGAGAACACCACAGACGUCAGCUGGCUCAGGGACUCGGCCCGCAGGGCCAAACCCAAAGUGGCCGACUACAGCCGCCAGCCGGCCAAACCCUGCCCACCGCCAUGCACCUCAGAUGUGUCCCCAGACCUGCCUGCUCUUUCUCCCGAACUCUUGAAGGAGCGAGCCAAGCCGAAGAGGAAAAGGCCUCAGAAGAAGCCUGUGCAGCAGAAGCCUGUGGAGCCGAAGCCUGUGGAGCAGAAGGCUGCUGCCAAGCCCUCAGUGGUUGCCACGGGGACGAGCAGAAGGCCCCGCCGGGCCGUGGCCGUGGACGUGUCCUACAGGGAAGCCUCAGACCACUCAGAGACUGAAGAACCUCCAGCCUUACCAACUAAGAAGCGGAGGACCGCUGACCCUCCAGAUAUGACUGAAAGGCCAGCGCCGCCGGAGGUGAAGAAGAUGAAGAAGGUUUCUCCCCCGCCGGAGGUGAAGAAGACGAAGAAGGUUUCUCCCCCGCCGGAGGUGAAGAAGAUGAAGAAGGUUUCUCCCCCGCCGGAGAAGCCCGUUAAACCUCCUCUGGACUCCUGGGCCGUUAAACCUCCUCAGGACUCCUGGGCCGUUAAACCUCCUCUGGACUCCUGGGCCAGCAGACUGGCCUCCUCCCACUUCAGCCCUCCCUCUAUGGAGCACAUGAGAUCUGCAGCGAGGUCUCCGCCAUUAGCGCUGUCCCCCACCACCCCCCUCCUCCAUCUCUGCCUCUCCCCUGUGGCGCGCCCCUCUCCACCGCCCACCCUGGAGAUGCCCAAGCCCAUGAUUGGCAUCCAGGCCUCCUCUUUCUACAAGCCUGCGGCGGGGGGUAAAGACAAGCUGAAGACCCCAAGCCUGCCCGUCCCCCCCACGCCCAACAGCGGGACCCCCCGCAUGGCCAGCUGCCGCAGGUCAUGCGCCUCAGAGAAUCUCCAGCUGAGCCCAGUCCACUCUCUGCACUCCCCGGCCCAGCCCCUCCUCACCUCCACGGGCCUGGAGAAGUCUCCGGAGGGCUCGCCGCUCAAGUCCAUCGACCUCGACCAGCAGCUGCGAGACUUUAUCAAGGCGCACGAGACCGACAAGGACUCAGUCAUCUCCAUGGUGACCCUGAGCCAGUCCUCGCAUCUGUCAGUCAACAAUGUGGCAAUACUCUGUACUGAAAUUGAGAAGACACCUGCAUCCAGUAGGGGGCGUGAGAACGGCAAACAGACGUUGCAUUCAGGCCCCAGCUACCACCGCACGUGCCACCCCUCCCAGUCCGACAGGAGUCACACAGACAUAGAGAGGGAAGACGAGGAUGAUGAAGAGGAGGAGGAGGAAGAUGUUAGGGGUGCACCAAGAGAGAAGGCCCUCAAGAUGAAGCCGAGGAAACUGUUCAAAGAGAAAGAGAAAGGCCCCAGAUACCACCGCACGCACCAACCCUCGCAGUCCGACAGGAGUCACACAGACAUAGAGAAGGAAGACGAGGAGGAGGAGGAGGAAGAUGUUAGGGGUGCACCAAGGGAGAAGGCCCUCAAGAAGAAGCCCAGGAAACUGUUCAAAGAGAAAGAGAAAGCAGCAUGGCUGAAGCAACCAGAGGAGAAGCAAAGCAGCUCAGAGCAAGAUGAAGAGAACGAGCAGGAGGAGGAGCAGGAGGAGGAGCAGGAGGCGUUGCAGAGUAUCCGAGGCAAGAAGAGUAGGAGGGCGGUCCAAACUACGAAGAAGUCCUACUACACUAAACAGACUGACGGCACGGGCACAGUGGAGAACAUGGAGGUGGAGAUGUCCUCCCACAUGGUGGCCAGCGCCAGCAGCAGCUGGAAGACGGGCCUGCAGGGGGACGUGGACCCGGACGCCGUGCACACCGAGAUCAGCACCUCGCAGGAGAUGGGCUAUGUCUGCCGAGAGUUCAGCACCGAACUCACCAGGAAGUUUCAGAAACGCACAGAGAAGAUGGAGCUGUACACUAAGCAGUCCCUGAAGAGCGUCCAGCAGCACAUGUCCUCCGUCAGCCUGCGGAUGAGCAAGAACAGAAUGCAGAGGAUGGAGAAGGUUAAGACAACUCUAAUGGAGGAGAUCGGCAACCUGGAGCAGGAUAACAGCGCCCUGAAGAGCAUGGAGAAGGAGCUGACGAUCUACUGGAAGAAGCAGUCCCUGGCUUUCCAUUCGUACCAGAACAGAGAAUCUCGGAGGCUCCAGCACCUGAAGAACUCCUUUCAGACAAAUGUGUGUCCCAGCCUGGAGUACGAGGAGCAGAUCUUCAGCUCGGAGAUGGUUCUGAUGAAGAAGGACAUGAAGUCGGUCCAGGAUAAAUUUCUUCAGGAGAUGCGAGAGGAGGAGCUCUCAAGUAUGCGCAGAGGACUGCAGACUCUGUUCCUGUCUGGGACUCCCAUGUUCUGACCCAAAGAAAAGAAUGAUCUUUAAAAGGUGUUUUUAGCAUGUUCACGUUCUGAUCCGUUCACAUCAGAAUUCACUUUAUUGCGGAACCUGUUCAGACAUGUUGAGUAGAUAUUAUAAACCAAUAUAUAUUCAGUUCAAUUAGUUUAUUUAUUUAUUUAAGGUUGUCAACCUUGACUUGUGAGUCCAUUCCCUCGCUCCCCAGUUUUUAAUCUAAAUAAUGAAUUCAUGUGUAAAAUGUAUUUAUUCAUAUGGAAAAAUUGAUUGCCUUGUUGUUAAUAUAUUAUAAGAACCACAAUAAAUAAGAUUGAUGUAAAAGGUAAUCCGUCAGUGGUGUGUCUCGUUCUUUUCCCCCUAAUCACGUUGUUAUAACAUUGUGUUGUUCAGCACAAAAACAAAUGUCAACCAGGACAUAUUUCCAGAGUCAUUGUAUUAGUAUGACGACUGCUACACAUGUCUUCAUCACCUGUUCUUGGCUACAGAUGUUGGUAUGUUUGGAGCAAGAAGACACCACAUAUUUUUAAAAAGCCUUGUAUUAUGAAGACAAGUAGUUCUUACAAAGUUUUUUUUUUUUUUUUUUUCAA